AUGUCCAGCAGCACCAGAGCCCGUGCCGGAAAGUACACGAAAGCGAAGCGAGGAGGUGGACGCAACUUUAGCAAGAACCUUCGCCCACUCGACGCAGAUGGCGUGGAGCAGUCCAUGUGGGCUCAGCAGCCCGGCAACACGGUCGAUGAAGAUGAUUCCUCAGAGGAAGACUCCUCGGAGGAAGAGUCCAGCGACGAUGAUGGCCCAGUCAAACCCCAGCAAGAGGAAAUGAGUCGUGAAMAGCGAAAGGCCGCCGCCAAAGCGAAGAAAGAGGCCGCCAUGAAGAAGAAGCAGGGCGCACCGGCACCGGGUGACAUGCCUACCAGCAGCGAGGAGGAAUCAGAGGAGGACGACGAUAUGCCUGCCAACCCCAACCAUAGCAAUGCUGCUCGCAAGCAGGCGACUAUUGUUGCUCAGCCUCCAGACAAGGAUGCUGCCCCCGCCCCCAAGAAGAAGGCUGCGGAAACGGAUGUAUCUAAGCUGAGCAGACGUGAACGCGAGGCUUUCCAGGCUCAGCAGGCGAAGGAGCGUUAUGCCAAAUUGCAUGCUGAGGGCWAGACGGACGAGGCACGUGCUGAUUUGGAGCGGUUAAAGCUUGUGAGACAGCAGCGCGAGGAGGCUGCUGCGCGAAAGGACGCCGAGAAGCAGGAAAAGGAUCUGCUGGAUGCUGAGAAGAAGGCGCAGAUGGAGCGACUUGAUAGGCAGGCUGCUCAGAAGGCUGCGCGUGGUGGUCGUGGAGGCAAGAAGGGCGGUAAAGCCUAG